CUCCAGUCCCACAUCUGUUUGACUUUUCCAUUACACUUCCGACUGAGCAGGGUGGAAGCGGCUGCUCACCUCUCCCCUUACCCAAAAGCAUGCACGUCGCCCAACGACACCGACUGACCGCCGCGGUCUGGAUUGUGUCGUCGUGUGUGCUCGUGAGCAUCCUCGUCCUGGCAGCGUCGCCAGUCGAGCUCCGCUGGAGCGGAGGCGGCUCAGGGGACCAUGGCGACAGUCUCAAGCUCGACCUGAGCUACUUGCUGCAGCACCCAAACCGCGCCGUCGCGUCGACAAGUGCGUCGAUUCCAGUGAUUGAUGGCCAGCAGGGCGACACGCUGGACAGCCAGCCCAUCACGGCGAUGCUGGGCGUCCAGCCGAUCGGGCUGCUCGGCCGAUUCGACGGCGAGCUGCACGCGCAGAAGCCCGGCUCGGCCGUCGUCUUUGGAUGGUCUGGCUUUGAGAUUAACGCAAUGGUAACUGGCGCGUCGUCCAUUGCCGCGGUCAUGGCCGGUCCGCAGCUCGCAGCCAAGCGCGCCGGGCUCGACCCCGAGUUGCCCAUGAUCAUCAACAACACCCGCGAAGCGUCGUGCCAAUUCAACGUGUACAUUGACGGCAUUCAGCUUCAUCCAGCUCCUCCGACAGAGGCGGCGCUGAAAUUGACCUCGGACGCACUUGGUGCUCGCCUGCUCGCCUCCAAUUUGGACGAGACGAGCGUUCACUCAAUCCGCAUUGUCAAGCGCACAGAAUUGCAAGCAGCCAGUACUGCCCCACGACAAGGGGCUUGCGCAUUCUACGGGCUGCUGCUCACUUCACAAGGCCGCGCCGCUCCACGGCUGCUCCCUCCGCCGCGUCCGGCCGUGUUCGCUCAUGGCGCGUUUUCGGAUCACCUAAACGCCAUGAACGACGUUGCGGCCGUCAGCCAAUCCUUGCUCCACCCUGUGCGCCUUGAGUUCUACGGAGAUUCCAUCACUGUUGGAUUCGGGGCUUUGGAUCGCGACCCAUGCAAGUUCAGCUUUGAUACUGAAGAUAUUCGAGCCUCCUACGCCACCAAGGUCACCAAAGCCCUGCUUGCCGAAGCGCAUUACAUUGCACGCUCGGGUAUUGGCCUGAUAAGGAGCCGCUCGACUGAACCGACGACGGUCAUGAAGGAGAUUGCGCAUCUCUCUCUUGGAGGGACAGGGGCCACUCCCUGGGAUUAUGCAAACUUUACCCCAGACCUCGCGUUUUUCAAUUUGGGCACCAACGAUUUUCGAGGAUGGGGUGACAACGGACCCGUAUUUGUCGCAGCAUUCAUUGAUGAAUACGAAUCGCUCAUCCAGCGCGUGCGAGCGGCUCACCAUCAACCCAACCUUCCAGUGUACUUGCUUUGUGGACCGAUGGACUUGCCUCCUGUCGCGUGCGACGCCAUCAAGGACGUCGCCACUCGCGUUGGUGGCAAAUAUAUCGAUGUCACAGAUACGCUCGAUCCGUCAGAGUAUGGCUGUCGCAAGCAUCCCAGCGAAAGUAGCAACGUCAAAGUUGCCGCUCGCGUCCUCGAUCAGGUCAAGCAAGACUUUCCUCAAUACUUUCCAUGACCCAAGGGGGGGGGACGAGCUGGCAACGUGUGUUGUCGUAUUGUUUUUUUCGUUUUUUGAAUUAUUGUUGCGAAUUGUAAUAUAACGCUUUACCCACGUUCGCAG